UUCUGUUUCUACAGCCAAUCGUUAGGUGGAGGAAAUCUUCACCUAAUUUGCACGUAUCGCGUAGAAUAAGAAGAAGAAAGAGGAAACCUUCACACAAACUACACGUAUCAUACGGAAGAAGAAGUCUGACUUACUCAGAAGGAGUGUCUCCCAAAGAGGAUAACUCCUGCAGUCAUCGAGAAGGAAAAGCCUUUGCAAAGCAAAGUCUGGGCUCAUUGGCCCUGUGUGGGUCGCAGUUGAGAAUUUUUUUAUGCAUUAUGGAGAACCAACACCAUCUUCCUCCAGCAAAUCAUCCAAGGCAUAUCUGAUCCAAUUCAGAGAAUAGAGUUUUAGUAUCCCUCAAGAGCUGUUUAAGACAAAAUGUCACCAGUCCCUCUUAACAAACUACUUCCACUAAAUCUUGCUCAGUUGCACUUCGUGUUUUUCAUUCAUAAUCGAGCUAUGCUUAAGUGCACUUAAGGAAACUUAUGUUGAAAUGAUGUACUAAAAAAAAACAUGAAAGAAAUUCUUGGUAACAAAUCUGAGAUUUUAUGGGUAAGCAUAUCAGUAUUCUGUAUUGAUAAGAAAUUCAAAACAAUCUUAUCUAAUGAGACAAUAGGUUCAUAAUGAAAUGGAUUUCAUUUGUAUUAUGCAUGUCUGAAAAGCACAAAAAUGUACUCUAGUCACACAUUAGAGAACUAAUUCAGAAUAGGAACCACAUAUGUAUUAUGAGGUUCAUAAAACUUCAGAGAUCUUCUUCCAUUAAAUAGAAAAUUUGAUUCAGAAAAACAUGAUACGUAAUACAAAAGAGCUGCUAUAUGAGUGUUCACUGUGUCAAAAAUGUUUUUCAAAUAAAUCGUAUCUUGUAACACACAUGAGAGUCCACACUGGAGAAAAACCAUAUCAGUGUUCAGUAUGUCUAAAAUUAUUUUCACAAAAAUCAGCUCAAGUACAGCAUAUGAAAAUCCAUACUGGAGAGAAACCACAUCAAUGUUCAGAGUGUCUAAAACCCUUUUCGCGGAAAUCGGCUGUAGUACAGCAUAUGAGAGUUCAUACAAGAGUGAAACCUCAUAAAUGUUUAGAAUGUCUAAAAAACUUUACACAAAGAUCCUCUCUAGUACAGCAUAUGAGAGUACAUAGAGGGGAGAAACCAUAUCAUUGUUCAAAAUGUCAGAAAAACUUUUCAACUAAAUCAGAUCUAGUACGGCAUGUCAAAGUUCAUAGUGGAUUGAAACCAUAUCAAUGUUUAGAGUGCCUAAAACACUUUUCAAAUGAAUCAAAUCUAGUACAGCAUAUAAGAAUUCAUACAGGAGAAAAGCCCUAUCACUGUUCUGAAUGUUUAAAACACUUUUCAAGUCAGUCAGCAUUAGUACGACAUAUCAGAGUUCAUACUGGAGAAAAACCACAUCAGUGUUCAGAGUGUUUUAAAUACUUUUCAAAUAAAUCUGAUCUAGUGAAACAUAUGAGAGUUCACACAGGAGAGAAACCAUAUCAGUGUUCAGAGUGCCUGAAAGUAUUUUCAACUAAAACAAGUCAAGUACAACAUUUGAGAUCUCAUACAGGCAAAAAACCAUAUCAAUGUUCAGUGUGUAUAAAAGACUUUACAAAUAAAUCAGAUCUAGUAAAACAUGAAAAAUUUCAUAGACAAAAGAAACCAUACCAUUGUUCGGAGUGUUUAAAAGGUUUUACAAAUAAAUCAGAUCUAGUAAAACAUAUGAGAAUUCAUACAGGAGAAAAGCCAUAUAAAUGUACAGUGUGUCUAAGAGACUUUUCUCAAAAUUCAAAUCUGAUAACACACAUGAAAACUCACACAAGAAAGAAACCUUAAGUAUUCAGUUUUAUUAGCUAUGUUUUCAGCAAGGGCAUGGUAAUAUAGGAACAAUAAUAUUGUUUUAUGGGUUGGGUAAAGCUACUGUUUGGUCUUAAGUCACUAUAUUAUAAAGUAUAAGGUAACAAUAUGGUAUAUUGUCCUCAACAUCCUGAAUAUUUGUGAACAUGGGCUUUCAUAAUAACUUUUCUAGGAUUUGAUUAUCUCUUUGACUUGUAUAUCCUUAAUGUAUUAUAGAAAUUGUAAAUUAAACUUUUAUGGUUUUGAGCUCAAGUAAUCAAUGAGUGAUCAGGCAAAUUCCUCUUCUUACUACCUUCUAAAUCAUCUACAGCAUGUCCAAAUCAUUGAA